AUGCCGCCUCCUCCAUUGACAUGUGUUUUUGGUGUGAAUAUUGGACUCCAAGGUUAUGAAAAGAUGUUAAAUAAAGUAUAUCAGGGCAUUGAAGGUUUAAAGCUGGAUGUGUCAAACUGGUUGGUGUAUCUACGGGGCGAAGUUGAUCCUAUAAUCUUCAUUAAGAAGUUGUAUAAAGCGAGAAGUUACGUUGAGCUCUUCCGAAUUGAUUAUGGAUAUGAAGAGAAUCCACAAGGAACCCGGAGACCUAAUUCUCACUUCAUGAGAUGUUGUUUCGAGCUUAACACAUCAGAUGCAAGUUGGUAUAAGAGAAUCAUAGGAGCUUUGAAGACCAUCCAAGGUGUAUCAUUCACCAUAGACGCACAACCAACUAUGGGAUAUCCAAUGGCAUAUCUAUGUGGUAACAUAGAAAUUGGAGUGCUCAUGAAGAUGCUCGUGAAGACAGGCAUUGAACUGUCGGCAAUGGAAUAUGGAGUCGAGUAUAAAGAUGCAAACUUAAACCCACCUCCAAAGAAACUUGAGGCUCCUCCUACAAAUAAUGGAACCGAGACACAGCCCGCAAAAGACACGGCACCUGAGGUUGUUAGUACAUUAACGAAGCACCAAGUCAAAUACAAGAAGCCUCGUGGUUUUAGAAGGUUCUGUUGUUAAAUAUAAUGAAUCAUGUCGUCAUCAGAACCAUAGUAGAUAAGAUAUGUUU